AUGACUAAAAAAAGAAGAAACAACGGAAGAUCCAAGAUGAACAGAGGGCACUGCAGAAGCAUAAGAUGUGAGAACUGCUACAGAUCCUGCCCAAAGGACAAGGCAAUUAAGAGAUUCCACAUCAAGAAUGUGAUAGAUAAUGCAUCCUUUGAUGAUAUUAAGCUAGCCUCCGUGUACGAGGACUUUGAGGUUCCUAAGUUCUACUACAAGCUGGAGUACUGCAUCUCCUGCGCUGUUCACCAGAGAAUUGUUAGAGCUCGCUCUGUAGAGGGCCGAAAGGACAGAACAAACCCGUUUAUGAAAAGACGAAUGAAUCUUUUAAGUGCCUCUGCAUAA